AUUUUUAGAUAUGUUAAUUGUAAAUAAAAAUGAGAUAGUGAAAAUAAGCCAUUUCCAAUGUGGUGAUUAUUAUUACAAUUAUCUCAAUGGUGACUGUAUCUCAUAUCUUACCUCUUUGCUUAAACUUUAUCUUGCCAUUUGUUUUUGUAUUAACAUCAACAACAACUUUUAUUUUUUAUUCCUUCAGUAAUAAUCUCAACUUAUUUUUCCAUUGUUACUAAUGCCCAAUCAUUUAAUUUAAGCUUCAUUUUAAUUUAGUGCAAACUCUCAUAAUAUCUACAUUUCUUGAUUGAUAACUUUUGGCCAUCCGUUUUCCUUCAAAAGAUGACCUCAAUAAAAGUGAAUACAAAAGUUGCCAAUCAAAAUGUACAACAGAUUGGGUAUAAUAAGAAGAAAGGUUCAAAAGGUGCUUCAGUAGAUGAUAACACCAACGGAACAAUUAAAAGUAAUGAACCACCAAUGGACAGAUCAACUGAAGUUAUAAGGUGUCAUGAACCAAAGGACUCUCUAUUAAGCUCUACGUCCAAUUAUACAAAUUAUAGAGGAUUACUUAAUUUAUGCAUAAUUCUUUUGGUUCUUUCGAACUCUAGAGUAGCACUUGAAAAUAUACUUAAGUAUGGAAUACUUGUUGAUCCCUUUCAAUGGAUGGCUUUUUUAGCUAAUCCAACUAUAUUACCGUCUAUACAAAUAAUUAUUGGGCUAAAUGUUUUCAUCCUUGUUGCCUGUUGGAUUGAAAAAUUCUUACUCUCAACGCAGUUGCUUAAUGAAGUCUCCGGUUGUAUUCUAAUCUGUGGAAAUUUGAUGACUCUUCUAGUCCUUCCACCUUGUAUUGUUUUCAAUGCUGACUGUCAUCCAGUUGGUAGCUCCUUUGCUUUAGGACUAGUUGCUAUUGUAUGGUUGAAAUUGAUCUCUUAUCAUAUGGUCUGUUAUUGGUGUCGUUGUGAGCCUCAUAAAAAUCUACUCUCUCGAAGCGGAAGUCAUGGUAAUUCGAGACAGUUUCGUUCAUCCAGUCAUAAUGACCCAGCUAAUGAAAAGUUAAUCAACGGAGAUACUUCUUCAACAUCUUCUGAUGGAGAGGUUUUUACUCCUAGAAUCUCUUAUCCAGAUAAUUUAACUUACCGAGAUAUUUAUUAUUUCAUGUUUGCCCCAACCCUUUGUUAUGAGCUCAAUUUUCCAAGGUCUGCACGAAUUCGCAAAAGGUUUCUUCUCCGUCGAGGAUUUGAAAUGUUCUUACUCUUACAACUAAUUCUCGGAUUAUGUCAGCAAUGGAUGGUCCCAACAAUUCACAACUCUUUCAAGCCUCUAAUGGAAAUGAAUUACAUUAAAAUGUUUGAAAGACUUUUAAAGUUAGCUGUUCCAAAUCUUUUAAUAUGGCUAUUAUUCUUUUAUUGGUAUUUUCAUUCCUGUCUAAAUUUUAUUGGAGAAUUGUUGAGAUUUGCUGAUCGGGAAUUUUACAAAGACUGGUGGAACUCUGAUUCAGUUCAUUACUUCUGGCAAAAUUGGAAUAUUCCCGUUCACAAAUGGUGUCUAAGACAUUUAUACAAGCCUCUUCUUGCUCGUGGACUAACCAAAUGUCAAGCAUCGACUACUGUGUUUUUUGUAUCUGCGUUUUUCCACGAAUAUCUCGUUUCAAUUCCCCUGAAAAUGUUCCGUAUGUGGGCUUUCUGCGGAAUGUUGUCCCAGUUACCAUUUGCUUCAUUUGUUAGCAAGUAUCUCAGUAAAUAUCCUCAAUGGGCAAAUGUUGCAGUUUGGGUUUCGUUAAUCCUUGGUCAACCUUUAUGCAUUCUUAUGUAUUAUCAUGACUAUUAUGUUACGAACAAUGAUGUAGGGAAACCUUUCAAUCAGAUGGCUGGUUAAUUUGCGAGGAAAAACAAAAUUUUAUAAAUAAAAUUAUACACCAAAUAAAGGCACUUUUUUCCUUUUAACACAAUUAAACACAUUGUUGUAUAAAUGA